AUGAAAGCGAAAAACCACCAGACGCUUCAAUCACUAAACGAACCAUAUUCUGCGCCUUCAGAUCUAUACCCGUCCGUUCCUUCCGUUACCUCGACGUCUUCACCGUCGCCGCAUCUACCCGCCGCGCAUACUUCCUUUCCCCGUGACGAGUCAUAUCUGUCGGCCCCAAUCACUUCGCUCUCCACAUCGCCAGGUGUGUCGAAUCUCUCGACUCCCGGGUCGCCUGGUCCCCUGGAGCGUCUCCGGAGACAUACUAUAACCCCGAAUCCGCCUACCCUCUCAAAUUUCCCAACAUACCGCAGCACCGGAGAGUCGUUGACUUCGUCCCCGGAAACCCGAAGGCCGGAAAGCAGUGUCUAUUAUACCACCGCCUGGGGUUCUCCGUAUGCUGUACCUAGCCCUCGCACGCUGUCAUUGACUUUGAGUCAGAGUCAGAACGCCGGUGUCGAUCGUGAAUCGGGAGCUAGCUCUCCGGCCUCGAUGCCCAGUGGUACAUUCCAGGGGAUUGAUACGAGUAGCAAUAAUAAUAAUAAUUAUAAUAACGACAACAACGAACUCCUGAGACCCUCCGGUGGGGAGAGCUCUGCCAGAAAUCUAUACAGUGGCAUCCUGAACCGUUCUCCGGGACGAGAUCUGUUUGGCAGAAAAGGAGGAAAGUCGAUCAAGGACUUUACCCAGGAUUGGAUCAACCAAUACCUUUCGGGUCAGCCCAGAACAGAGCGGAGUAAUUGGCUUAGCGACGACUCAGGCAGUGAGGCUCCGUCGUUCUUUACAGCGCAGAACCAUUUCGCGGACGACGAUUGGUUGGGUCUGGAAGAAGACAGUCGCGACGAGGAACUCCUAAAGACGCCAACAUUGGCCGAUUUCGUGAGCCGGAAGAAAGGAACUGGUCAAGGCGAGAGCAGUACUAACAGUACUACUAGUACGGCUCGUCAGAAGAUCAAGGAUUAUAUUCACAAACGGACGGAGACGCUCAAGCAGGAGGACUUUUGGGGGUUUGCAUACGAUAAAGAUCCGCAGCCGAUCGCCAUGGACAACACAGGAAGUCUGCCUCCAACCGACUCGGAGGCGAACAAAGUAGCCUUGCCUGUCGAGAAACCACUGCCACCACCGCCUGCAGAGGAAUGGAUCGAGAAGACACCUCAACCAGAGCCUAAAGAUGUUGAAAACACUCAGAGAUCCGAAAAUACCCCCAAACCAGAAGCCCCGAGACCCCCAGUCUUAAGUAGAACUGGCACCUCGACGUUGCAACGAACCAGAAAGAAGAUUCCUUGGCGGGGGAAAGCGUGUAUCAUUGCGCUUCCGCUGGAAGACAAGAGAGGCUCUGAAGAAUCCGGAUAUCGUCUACUGCGCCCCGAGGAUGUCAAACAGCGGUUGAAGAAGUGGGAAGAAAAAGGAUAUGAUAACAGUGGAUUCAGCAUAUCCAAUUUGAAUGACCAGUAUGAUGCUGCGGCCAUGGAGCUCGGAGGCUCAAGUCGACCUGUCUUUCCCGACCCUACAGACGUACAGGGGGAGUGGACAACGGGACAAUAUGAAGUCCGAUUCCCAGAUAAGGCCGUAUGGGAUUCCUAUGUCAAUUUCCUCCAAGAGGAGAAGUUGCGAGCUCUUGGUGUGUCGCUAGGCGAUGAUGAAGAAGCACAACCGUCCAUUUCUCCGGCCAUGAGCCAGAUGGCUCCUUUCCCUGGUCUAAUCGCGUCACCACCCAUCCCGACAGCAUCGGCAGCCGGCAACCCGCUCGCUGUACCGCACCCCUUCUCCCCGCAAUUGAAUCAGUCGACGAAUACGCCCAAUGGAAUCGGCACUCUAGCAUCCCCUGCCUCACAAUUUAGCGUGCAAACACCCUUUUUGGGCGUCGACCAAAACCUUCUCGCCGGAUAUCCUCUGCCGUUCCAGCCCACGCCUCCUGCCCAGGGCUCUUUUACCCCUCAGAGCUUCUUGAAUGCUCGCCAGGCAGGAGCAAUCCCUGGCACUUUGCCCAACUUGUCGUCCAUGCUCUCACCUGUUUCGCCUUUGAAUGAUCAGCGUCCCUUCCACCCAGGGUUGGACGGCAAGGAAUCCUUCGACAACCAAGGACAGCAAUUGCCUCGGGUCCAGACUCCUACUGAGCAACCGGAUCAUUUCCACGCGUCUAAUGUGGAAAUUGCCCAUCCUACGCCUCGCGGCCACAGUCGUGGUCAGAAUCUCAGCGAGACACUCCAGAAGGGCUUGGAUCAGAUCAACCAUUCCGACUACCACCUGGAGAUGUCAAUCGAACGGCAACUGGAAGAGGACGACCGGAAUGCAGGCCGUGAUGGUUUAAAUAAUUCUUCAUUGCUGCAUUCUAGGUGGGCUAUGCCGGAGGCUGAUCCUAAUCAAUACCACGGAUAUAACCACGACGGCUCUGACAUCGACACCAAUCCAAGUCUUUCUGGUGCACCCCACGGUCAUGGCCCUCUCGCGAACGACAUUGCCUGGCAUGAGUCGAAACCAAGCAUGGAAUCGCAUCGCUCGAAGCUGUCAUCGUCGACAUUCAACGUGGAAGCGAAGGAAUUUGAUCCCAUGGGUGCGUUCGCGUCCCAGAACUUCGGGUUCCAAGACAAUGCUUUCCAGUUCCAAGGGGUCGAUCCCUCUUUGUUCACCUUCGGCGCUGGUUUCCAGGGUACCGUACCUCCUGCAGCCUCUUACAAUAUUACAGCCCCCACGUUCAACCCCCCUGGGGUCAACGACCAGAAAAGUGCUGGCCCCGGCGAAUUCAAGUUCUCUUCCGCUUCAUUUAACGUCGAUGCUCCUGCAUUCAACCCCGGUGGCGCUACAAGCUCUGGGCAACCAUCUGGUGAGAAAACCAAGAUCUUUGGGGAUAUCAAUAUCUCGGAUGUCUCGACGCCUGCCAAGAAGUCCAAAGCAAUUCCCAUUGUGCGGCCAGACGAGAACGAACACAAGGAAAAGAACAAGGGAGUUGAGGGAGAGAACGCGAAUGCCCAACCAGCUCCUGCGGAUCGCAACAAGCGUGCGCGCCGUGGUGACCAGCCUUCUGAUGGUGAAGAGCAGCUCAGCGUGCCAACUCGCGCUUUGACGGAAGCGAACAAUGUCAAGACAUCCCAGGAAUCGACUGCACCUCACAAGCAGGCUGAAGGCAAAGAAAACGUACAGCCCGGCAAGGAGACCCAGGCUGCUUCUGAGCGGAAGGACACUCCAGUCAGUGAGGCUUCGACAUGGGCGCCUCCGGAGGGCAGGGAACAGGUUGAAGAGACCUCAGCAUCACCGGUGCGGCAUCAAGCGCCGGAGCAAAGUCUCGAAAAGGCCGCCGAACAGCCACGGGCAGAGAAGGCACCCACUCCUGCUCCUAAAGAACAGGACAAGGGCGCUAAGCAAGCUCCUGCCGCAACACUGAAAAACAAGUUUCUCGCAGCGGCUGCGAAGUCCUUCGAAUUCAAGCCCGCUGUGCCUGAGUUCGUGCCUCCCUCGAAUGAAGACCCUCCUAGCGUCCCUGAGAAGCCUGCCAAUGGGCUGAUGUCUUCCCGUCACGCCGUUGCAGAUCCACCAUCCUCGCCCAAGGAGAAGCCGUUGCCUCCUGAGCCCCCUCGCCCGGAGCCCGCUGAAAAGGACCAGUCGCAGGAAACCAAGGCCCCAGAGACCAAGACCCCUAGACCGGAGUAUACCUCAAGCGACGAGUCGCCUGACGAGGAUGAGCUCAAUGCUAUCAUGGAACAGCUGAACGAUGACUCUGAUGUCGGCAUUGAGAGAGUAAGCACUCCUCAACCUAAGAGCAAGCUGCCGGAGCCCGUUGCCGGACCGUCAAAGGAAAAGCGACAUGUACCAGCUGAGAUUAGGAGCGAAGCGCCAAGCCCCAGUCCCGGACGUGGUACGCUGGAAAUCCCCAAGCUCGACUUCGAGACUCGGUCCCAGCUCUCUGUUACUCCUUCCAAGAGCAUGAUUGGUACUAUUACUUCCCCUGUUCGGCAAUUGUUACACGACAAUGAUCACAUCAGCGACUGGGACGAUGUCAUUUCCUCGGGUGAAGACGAGAAGCUGCUGAACCGGAGCAUAUUCUUCGACCGUCGCAUCAAUGACCUAGUUGGUUCCGCUGUUGAGGAGCGUUUGUCUCCCCUUGAGCGCGCCUUGGGUGUUAUCCAGCAAUCCGUGACAUCUAUUGCUUCGGGAGCUCAGAGCAAGUGGACGCUGCAAAGCACCUCUGCUACUGGCGAAGACAGCGAUGCUGAUGACGAGGAUGAUGAGUACGAGGACAAUUCGUCGGCCAGACCAAGGUCUCCUGGACAACAACAGAGAGACCGGAAACUCGACAAGCUUAAGAACGUCAUUCAGGAGGCGCUGGCGGCUCGUGUUCCUCCCCAGGAGGUGGAAUCUCCCGCUACUAAUGAACUCUUGCAGCUUAAGCAGAGCUUUGCUGAGUUGCGGGAGCUCACCUCUGAGAAGCUGUCUCAAGACCCGACUGCGAACCUGAAAAGCAUGAUUCAGGAGGUUGUCGCCUCUCAGCUCCAGAUGCAGAACUCGCGUCCUUCUGAUGCCGACGAAAUUGGUGCCGACAGCCUCAUGCUUCAAAUUGAUGGUCUCAAGAACAUGCUGCGCCUUGCGGAUGAACGGGCUGAGCAGGAGUAUAAGAUGCGUCGUGAGGGUCAAGACUCGAUGGCCGAACUUCAGAGACUUUUGAAGGUUGCUGAGGAGGAUGCUGCUCGACACAGCGAAGCUGCCGAAUCUGCCGAGACUCGCUUCCUUCAGUUCAAGGAGGAGAAGAUCCCUUACUUCGAGCAUAUCCAGGCCCGCUCUGAUUCUCUUUCUCAAGAGCGUGAGUCGCUCAGGCUUACGCUUGCUGAGAUCUCGUCCAAGAAUAUCACCCUUCAAGGUACUAUUGACGAGCACCGUGUCUCGAGCGAGCACUACAAGCGAGAGAACGAGAGGCAGCAGGCUGAGCUGGAACGAACGAACGAGGAGAACAAGAAGCUCCAGGAGACUAUCGAACAUUUGCAGAUUCGCCUUGGUGACGGCAUAAGUAUCCGCCAGAACCUCAGCGACAAGUUCGAUCGUCUGCAAGAGGAAAUGGUCAAUGUCACCCGUGACAUUACCCGCGACCAGGCUAACUGGAGACGCAAGGAGGAAGCUUACGUUGCUGAGCAUAACGAGUUGCGGGCUGCGUAUAGCCGAGAGCUCAAGCUGCGUGAGAAACUCGAGAUUGAUAUCAGCGAGCUUGAGCAGCAAGAGCGCGAAGCGGCUAAGCUGAAGUUCAUCUUCGGACAGUCCCAGCAGGAGAAUGCACGUCUGGAGGAGCUGGUUGGUAGCUUGAAACUAGAGAACCACAACCUGGAAGCCAAGGCGGCCCGCUUUGAGCGCGAAUUCAACGAAGCCCGCGAGAGCAGCCGUAUGGAAAUCCAGCGUACUAGGACUUCCUUGGAAACUGAUCUGGAGGCCGCCAAUAGCCAAGUUAACAUGGUCCGUGCUGAAUUAGAAGCGCAGAUUAUCCGUCUUCAGAGCCAGCAGGACAACUUCAGAAUGGACGCUGACACCGCACGCGAACGCUACGAGAUGCUGCUGGAGGCAGCCAACGAAGCCAAGGUCGAGGCAUUGUCAUCCAAGGAGCUGGCCCUCGAUGAUCAGCGCAAGGCGCAUGAGCGUGUUCUCAACGACCUCCGUGAGCGCCACGUUCGUGCUAUGCAUAACAACUCAGAAGACAAGGUGAGACAUGAGUCUUACAUGUCUGAGCGUUUGGCACUGUCGGAGGACAAGGCACGACACCUUCAGGACCGCGUAAACCACCUUGAGGAGAAGCUUGAGAUUGCUAAGUCUGCUGCUCGUGCGGCUGCUGAGGCAGCGCAGACUGCCAAGGUCAACCCUAGUGCAUCGGGCUCGCAGUCUACGCCUCCUGCUAAGGGAUCUGAUGUUCCUGAGAAGAUCUCUCCUCAGGCUCUGCGUGAGUCGAUUCUUGUUCUGCAAGACCAGUUGCAACAGCGGGAGUCGCGCAUCGACGAGCUUGAGCAAGAAAUCGGCUCCGUUGACAAGGAAGCGCCCAACAAACUCAAGGAGAGAAAUACCGAGAUCACCUGGCUUCGUGAACUGCUUGGUGUCCGACUCGACGAUCUCCAGGAUAUCAUCAACACCUUAUCGAAGCCCUCUUUCAACCAGCACGCCGUGCGCGACGCUGCUAUUCGCUUGAGAGCCAACUUGCAAAUGCAGCUACAGGAGCGAGAACGCGCUAUGUCGGGCCAGAGUUUCCCAUCCCUCCCAUCCAUUACCGAGUUGGCCUCAUCGCCGCGCAACCUCCCCUUGGCCGCAGCAGCCGCAUGGGGUAGCUGGCGCCGUACAAGAGAAAACUCGACCACUGACCAAACACCGUCCAAGCCCAGCAACGCCAGUAACUUCCUUUCGGGACUCCUGACACCACCGGGAUCCAACGCCCGCCAGGCUCCCAGAGCAAACGCACCCGGGUCGCGACGUACAUCUGAAAGUCGUCCGUUGAGAUCGUUCAACCCGACGCCACGAUCGCUCUCUGCGCGCCAGGGCGCUGGUGUUAUGCAAGAACCUCCCAAGACUCCGCCGCUCCUUCGACGGUCGAGCUAUGAUCAGGACGCUGAGUCGACCACCUACGAACAUGAGGAGGAGCCGUUCCCAGAGGACGGAGAAGCGGAAAGCAUAGUAGAUGAGAUGGUUUCUGCAUCGCCUAAGAACACAACCAGGACAACUACGGAGACUCCGGAGAAUAUUGAGACCACGGAAAUGCAAGAUGGGCUUGAGCCUAUGCUCGAGGCUGUUUCUGAGCCAUUUGGCCCGGGGAUAACUUCCGAUUAA